GGAUUAUUUCUACAAUAUUAAAUGCAGUGUAUGUUUGUAGGGUAGUUUAAACAUCUGGGGGAAAAUGGUGCCUGGCAGCCAGCAGUGAUUGUGUAAAUAUUUAGAAAAAGCUUCCUGAACAAAGACGUUAUAUUCACAGUAUACACAUUUAUUCCGGUUCUCUUAUUAAAUCGUGCUUUUUACAGUACGUUGCUUAAGCACAUUGUGCCAAUGAAAACUCGUUUUGGAAAGGGAGAUGUCUUUCUGAUCUAUUGAAUCAAGCUUAUUGAAAUGAUCAAUAAAAUUAUUCGGAUCUUCAGUAUCUGAACAGAGCUAGCCUUUUUUCAUACUGUAUGAAUGGGUGGGGGAGAAGAGACCGUGCAGUAACUGGACGGGAGCGUGUUAUCAAAGUUACUGCUGAAGAGGCGAAGGGGAGUGACGCGCGAGGGGCUACAGUUGUGAAACUCCUCUCACAUCCUGCCCUUCACAAUUGGGCUCGCGAGCGAGUUUACGCGCUGCAUGGCAAGGACAGGACUCUGGGAAUCCGAGGACUGCUCAGCAAGCUCUCUCCUGUUCUACUCUCAACGUUUCGUUCGGAUUCAAGAGACGUGGCGAUAGAUGGGCUGCAGUAGUGGAGGUUUAAACUCGACGCGUCAAGAAAUAUGAUCUAAUGGUUGGUUUAGUAAAGCAUUCAAGCGCUGCUCAUAUUACAACCAACUCAAUACUGAGAGACAACAAUUACUAAGGGAAAACGGAGAUGUCCGCUCAAGGGUUACUGAACAGUGUAUUCUCGUGCUCUUCUCCAUCAUCGAAAACUAUUUCCAAAAGGAGACUGCGGCAGACACGAAGUUUGGACCCAGCCAUAAUAAGAAACUAUGGGACCGACGCAGAAAGGAAACCGGAGGAGUUGGACAGCUUUAAGUCGUCGUACGAGGGUUCGAGGGAGACAGGUGGCGGUUCGUCUCUCCAAACCUCAGCUGAAUCCUUGGUUGCUUCAAAGUCGGAUUUGCGUUCUAAAGCGCCGAGUUCAAAACAAUCUAUUCCGUCCUUUUCAAGCCCGUCCACGCCACUGGAGACCUCUCCGUCCUCCAACUUUCAGUUCGACUAUGAUGUGAAGGGCGUGAAGCGGAAUACUGCCUGGGAUCUGCCGUUCCUCGCGCGUAGCCCCGCGCUCGCGCCCACGGGCAGCGCGAGCACUAUCUUUUCCCCACGAAAGUGGCUUCAGAAGAAACUGCAGCAGGACAGCUCUUACUCCUACAUCGUGUGGAAGUCCGAGGGUGACUUCACCUGGAACAGCAUGUCGGGGCGGAGCGUUCGGCUGAAGCCGGUGCCCAUCCAGAGCCUGUCGGAGCUGGAGCGGGUUCGACUGCAGGAGGUGGCCUUCAUCCGGCUGCAGCAGGACUACGACCUGGGCUGCCAGAUCACCAUCCCCAAAGAUGGACAGAAGCGGAAAAAGUCGCUGCGGAGGAAGCUGGACUCCUUAGCGAAGGAGAAAAGCAAAGACAAAGAGUUUGUCCCGCAGGCUUUCGGCCUGCCCCUGUGGCAGGUGAUCGCUAACGACCGCUCCCAUAAGCAGCGGGGGGAGGCCCAGCGAGGGGAGGCGCAGCGGGGGGAGGCGCAGCGGGGGGAGCACCGGGACCCCACCGACCUGGUGUCCUCCAUCCUGCAGUUCGCCAUCAAGAGGCCCAGCAAGGAGCUCUCCAGCAGCACCUCCUCCCUCAGCUCCACCUCCGAGACGCCCAACGAGUCCACCUCCCCCAACACUCCCGAGCCCGCCCCCCGCGCACGCAGACGGGGCGGGAUGUCCGUGGACUCCAUCACCGACCUGGACGACAGUCAGUCCCGCCUGCUGGAGGCGCUGCAGCUCUCCCUGCCGGCCGAGGCCGCCAGCAAGAAGGAGAAGCACCGCGACAAGAAGCUGAGCCUCAACCCCAUCUACCGGCAGGUGCCGCGGCUGGUGGACAGCUGCUGCCAGCACCUGGAGAAAUACGGUCUUCAGACGGUCGGGAUUUUUCGGGUAGGAAGUUCGAAGAAAAGAGUCAGGCAGCUGCGGGAGGAGUUUGACCGGGGCGUGGACGUCCCAUUGGACGAGGAGCACAGCGUCCACGACGUCGCCGCGCUGCUGAAGGAGUUCCUGCGAGACAUGCCCGACCCCUUACUGACCAAAGAGCUCUACACCGCCUUCAUCAACACUAUGAUGCUGGAUCACGAGGAGCAGCAGGCCUCCAUUCAGCUGCUCAUCUCCCUGCUGCCGCCGAGCAACAGCGACACGCUGCACCGCCUGCUGGAGUUCCUGUCCACCGUGGCCGCCCACGCCGACGACGCGCACGACAGGGACGGACAGGAGAUCACCGGGAACAAGAUGACGGCACUGAACCUGGCCACCAUAUUUGGGCCCAACCUCCUGCACAAGCAGAAGAGCUCGGACAAGGAGUUCUCUGUGCAGAGCUCGGCCAGAGCCGAGGAGAGCACCGCCAUCAUCGCCGUGGUCCAGAGGAUGAUCUCCACCUACGAGGCCCUCUUCCUGGUCCCCCCUGAGCUGCAGAACGAGGUUCUCAUGAGCCUGCUGGAGACGGACCCUGACGUGGUGGACUAUCUGCUCCGGAGGAAGGCCUCGCAGUGGUCGAGCCCGGACCUGAUGAGGCCGGAGGCCCCCUUCGCGCUGGGCGAGCGACACUCGUCCAGCGACUCCAACAAGGCGUCCAGCGGGGAGGUGUCGCCGUACGACAACAACUCGCCGGUGCUGUCGGACCGGCUGCCGCAGCCGCACCAGGGCGAGGGCAGCCCCCGGGUGGACCGGCUGUUUCGGGUCCCCGAGCAGUACACGCUGGUGGGCCACGUCAAAGGCCGGACAAAGGACAGCCCGCCCGCGCAGUGGACCGGCAAGGACCACGCGGACGAGAACACAAACAUCUGGGGGGCGUGGCACGCGACACUGAAGUCGGGACUAAAGGACCAGCUGCAUACAGGCUCCCACGGGAACGUGUCCGACUGCGGCUCCUCCAGCCCCUUGGAGGGGCUACCUGGUCACCUAGGCAACGGCAAGCAGCCAGUGCGGCGGACGCAGACCUCCUCUGGCGUGGCCGAGUGCAGGCCACACCCCCCCGUGUCCCGCGCCAGCAGCAGCCCCCAGGACGAGGCCGGGCGCCAGCCGCUCCAGCUGAGCCUGGACGAGCUGCCGUCCCGCUCCGACGGCCAAUCAGCAUCCAGCAGUUCGGAGGACCUCCCACAGCGGGCCGGCCUCUCCGUCGCCCCGCCCUACAAACCCAAGCCUGCUCAGAGGAACGACGGCAGGCCCCCCCCUCCCUACCCGGGACCCUCGCGAUCGGCCCUCUCCGCCCCCCCGCCCCCCUCCGCGCACCCGCCAAGCUCUCCUGCCCCGCCGUCUCACCGGCGCCCCCUGCAGGACAGAGAGUCCCUGCACGCCCCCGCCAGCGCUGUGGACGGGAAGGGCCCUGGCAGCCCGGAAUGGCAGGACUGGCAGCGGGAGAGGUGGCAGAUCUGGCAACUCUUAUCGUCAGAGAACACGGACACGCUGCCCGAGACGCUGGUGUGAGCCACACAGCGCCCCCUCCUGGCCAGACGCUACAGCUGCUGCUGCUGCCUACAAGUGAGCAAAUGUCCCAGUGUGUCCUUCUGUUCACUGGUUUUACAUGUCUUUUUUUUAUUUUCGUUUCAUGUAUCAAUUUUACUUUUUAUUGUAAGUGCACGCUUUUCCACAUCGUUUUCAUCUGGUGAUGUACUGAAUCGUCAUGUCCAUGACAGGCUAAUCUGUCAAUUUGACAUACCUCAACAAAAAAGAAAAACAAAAAAACACACACAAAAGAAGGUUUUUAAGGAGUUUUGGCCAUUACGUGAUUUACCUGUGACAGCACUGUUGGGUGAAUCCAGUGAUUUCUCUAUAACUUAAGUACAUACACACUGUUAUAUGCAUUUAGUGAUUACAGAACAGAUUAAUGUUUCGGAUUAAUGUAAGAACCAUAACUGUACGAAGAUUAGUCAUGUAAAUCUGGUCAAUUCACUUUGUAACAAGUGUGUGUACAAAUAGCUUAGACAGAGAAAUCAGAGAGUGUAACUCGCAUGUAAAUUACCUACUUUGUGCAAAGUGUUACCAAGAGUUAUUGUGUAUGUAAAGAAUUGUAAAGAAUUGUACUAUUUACCAUUAUUUCUACGUUAGCCACCUUAAGUGAUGUUCCAUCCUGGCUGUGUAACUGUCCGUUUUCACUGUUACUCUAAUGGGACUGCCGACGUUGUUCACUUCAAAAGUGAAAUCUGAAGCCCUGGCGAACGCUGGAGAAUUAAAUUACAAUCAGUCCGUCUCCAAGGGAUUUCACAGAGCUAAAACAACCAAAAUAUGGGCCCCCUUUUUUAACCGGCAUACAUAAAACAAUAUUAUUUUUGCCUUUUGUAAUAUGGAUGGAGACACACUGAGAUAUAUUUGUAAAUUUUAAUAUCUUUUUCCAUACGGAUCUCUGCAUACCCCACUGCUCAGACCCUGAAGAGACUGUACUAUGGGAACAAGACCAACUAUGUGCCAACGGCAUUGCCUAUAUUUAACUGUUUUUACUAUAUUUAUGUGUUUUUAACUUUUUUUUUUUUGUAUUUCAUUUUUAAAUAACUUGUCCCUAUUUUCAUAUAUUUUUGAGCAAAAAACCAUUGUUCUCUUCAAACAGCACCGCUAUGUCAGAACGCAGACUGGUCCUGAAUGUAUAUUGGUACUAUGUUUUUAUUUCAAUGGCUGCUGGGCUCUGCUUGUUUACUGCUGGAGUUGGUAGCUGUUGUUCUUUUCCUCGGUUGCAGCGGUGUGCUUCUGUUAGCCACGGUUUCUUGUUACGUUAGGUGGCCUUUUCAUUAUAUGUAAAAGGUGUUAUCGGGUGACCUAAACACGACUUCAGCGUCUGUCCGUUCAGGCAGAGGUAUCGGUGGGAAGCUUUAAACGGUGUGCUUUGUGAUUCCUGUAAACAUGAUCUAUAGGAAAAAUGUAAAAUAGAAAAAAAAAAAAAUCUGUGGUAUUAUUAAGACAUGUAUUUAUAAAUGGUAUAUUCUUUUUAUUUUGCUUGUGUUUCCCCAUGGUGUAUAAUGUUGCUUUGUGUGCUCGUGUAUGUGUUUGUGGGAUGCAUGUACUGUGUACAUGUGUAUGUUUGUGUGCGUGGGUGAGUGAGUUUGCGCACUUACAUUUGUUUUGGUGGCCAGAGAUCCAGGUCAAAUUAAUAGCUUUUCCAUGAGCGUGUAUACACUCUCAAAAUGGAUGUGUUAAUACACAACACACUCUUUGUGUAACUACUUUUGUGUUACUUUCAACACAUGUCAAAGUUACUACUUAUGUGUCACAGAUAUAACAUUUAUGUGUUACAAAAGAAGACUUUUUAACACAGACUGUGUUGAAAGUAACACAAAAUGUGUUGUCCUUAACUAGACGUGGAGGUGUGUGUUUUUUUUUUUUUUUUAAAUGACGUGCCUUGUUUUGUUUUUAAUGCAUCUGCUUUGAGAGAGUUCCGCACAGAGUUCCUCCGUUCACUGUUCAGACCAAAGCCGCAGUCUUUAAAAGACACAAGUGCAGUUUGUGUUACGUUAAAGUCCAGUUUCGUACGCGGUGUCUAUGCUUCGCGUAUUUAACACAGCCCGCAUGCUACACACUUAAUAUGCAGCUACGCACUGAGCGCACACUCAAAAAGGACGUGUUAAUAUUCAACGCGUUUUUUGUGUCGCUACUUUUGUGUUACUUUCAA